AUGGAAGGAAGUGGUGAUCAGACCAUUUUAACGCUGCCGGAAGACGUGACCUUGAUAAUUCUGAACAAGCUCGCGUGUCAAGAUCCGGUAUCCUUGAUUCUCGUCACGCUAGCAUGCAAGAGCAUUAACUCCACGGCAGAGAGAAACCCGUCCCUGUGGGAGCGAGCUCUGUUGGGCGAAGCGAUCACUCUAGUUGCUUCUCCAGCAGAGCUGCAACAGCUGAUUUCAGUUGUGAAAGAGUUCGGGGGAUGUAGGAAGCUUCUGGGACUGAAAGCGCGGCGCUGGAAGAGCCCCUUGGUGGAACAGCUUUCCGCUGUUCCGGUCAACUUGCCAGACGAAACGGGAGAGAUCUGCACGCCGGACCUGAGGCUCCUUGUGUUGGCAAGAAAUCCAGACGCACAGACUAGGCUUGUGUGGGCGGACGUGAGCAGCAAAUUCCACGGUGUCUUUAAGAAUCACGCGCAGAUUGUGCGGAACCGUUCUGGCACCAUGUCGACGCUGCCGGAAGACGUGAGCUUGAUCAUUUUGAACAAGUUGGCGCCUCACGAUCCAAUCUCUUUCUUUCUCGCAACGCUGGCCUUCAAAAGCUUUCACUUGGCGGCGGAGCGGAACCCGUCCCUGUGGGAACGAGCAUUUCUAGGGGAUGCGGUUACAUUGACCGCUGACGCAGAAGAGCUGCGGCAGCUGACGUCAGUCGUGACAGAGUUUGGCGGUUAUAGGGAGCUUCUGAAAAGCAAAGCGCGGCGCUGGAAGGACCCCUCGGAGCUUCCCGUUGUUCCGUUCAACUUGAAGGGGUCGGCAACGGUUUGCGUGCAGCACCUGCGGCUUCUUGUGUUGGUGCGCGAUCCAAACCCACACAUGAGCCUAGUGUGGGCGGACGUGAGGAGCACCUUUGAAGACGUCUCAAGGAACCACGCUCGAACUGUGCGGAAUCGUUCUGGUCAAAUGUUGGCAACGACGGGAGAAUUUGAAAUACGCGAUCGCACAGGCCUGUGCCUCCUCCUUGGUGGAAGAUAG